UGCGUCCGCCGACGGCAAUGAUGGGUGUCACGUGGACGUAUGCGCUUCUCGGAGCGGCGACGCUGUUGUGUGGAGCGAUGGGGACGAUCCUGAUGAAGGUGCAAUUCAGUAUGACUGUCGAGGGCACUGUGAUCUGCCGUGACGGCGCGACGAACGAUUCAACGACGCACUGUCCGUUCCACAAACCGUGGUUUGGCGUGCUCCAAAUGAAAAUCGCCAUGACGAUGUGCUUGAUCUACCUGUUGAUCCGUCAAAAAGUCACGGGGAAACCGUACUUGGAGUCUCCCGUGUUUAAGCGCAAGCACUUCGGGGCUAAGUACAUGCCACAGCCCCGGUCGUACGAGGAGCGUCGAACGUUGCUUCAAGAAGCAUACGACGGCCCGUCGUGGAGAACGAUGCUAUUUCUCGUCUUCCCCGCGCUUUUGGACCUGAUCAACACGACCCUCGCGUUUACAGGACUUUUGUGGGUGCCGGCGUCGGUGUACCAAAUGAGCAAUGGUGCGGUGUUGCUUUUCAGUGCGUUCAUCGCGAUGCGGUUCAUGGGGCGAGAUCUGUACUGCUACCAGAUCCUGAGUAUCCUGCUGGUCGCGUUCGCUGUGAUUAUCUUUUCUGUUGCGGGUAUUCUCGGUGGCGACCACAACGCUGUGUCGCCGCUGGAGAUCUACACCAAUAUCACGACUACGUACGAGUUGCCAACGAUCCCCGUGACCACUUCAGACGUCCAUCAAGCGGUGGGAAUGGCGUUCAUCCUGCUCGGACAAGUCGCGCUUGCCGCACAAUUUGCUGUUGAGGAGCACUUCAUGGUGGAGCGCCACGUGAGUCCACUGUUGUUGGUUGGAAUGGAAGGCGCGUGGGGCCUCGUCCUCUUUAUUGGUCUCGUGCCAGUGCUGGGAAUGACACCUGCCAGUGAUGCGAUUACCGCCCAAUUGUGGCAUGAAGAUUUUUCCGACACGUGGGUCAAGCUCAAGAGCUCGCCGUCGCUCUUGUGCCUUGUGCUGGCGUACAUGCUCAGCAUCGGCACGUACAACAUUGCGGCGCUCUAUGUCACCAAAUACCUCUCAUCCAUCGUUCGCAGCAUGCUUGAGAUCGGUCGAACUGUCGGAGUGUGGAUGGUUGCCCUGGUGGUGUACUACAUCCUCAGCUGGAACGACCCAAACUCUCCUGGCGAGGCUUGGUCCGACUGGAGCUGGGUCCAGUUGUUUGGGUUUGCGCUGCUCGUGCUGGCGACUUUGACGUACAAGAAGUCGAUUCACUUUCCGUGCCUUGGACUGUACCAGGACGACCGCGGACUACCAAUCUCGGUGCCGCAAGUGGUGUUCCUUGGCGAUCGCCGCUAAGGCCCGUGCCAAGCUCUUACCCUGGGUUGUCAGCAAUAUUGCAACAUGUAUUCGACGGUAUUGAUCUGUUUGGUGAAUUUUCGCA